UCGAAGGGCCCAACGAACAAAGGCGAUGGAUAUAUGUAUAUUGGUAUCUUAGCAUCAGCUGACUUCGAAGGGCCCAACGAACAAAGGCGAUGGAUAUAUAUUGGUAUCUGCGCAAAAACAAAAAACGCCACAACCCUCAUCGUUGUUAAUGAAGAAAACACUAUCCUUACACCAAUAUACACAUCCAAUUUAACGGCGGAGUUCGAGCUGGCAAGCGCAUUAAAAAGUGAAAAGCACAUCAUAUGUACGGACUCCCUCUCCACUCUUCUCGCUAUACAGAACGUCAACAACAGUGAUCCCACAGUACGAAGGAUACGUGAAAUUAUCACCACAAAUCACAAAAAAAUAAAAUUACUGUGGACACCAGGACAAGUAGGAAUAAAAGGAAACGAAGAAGCAGACACAGCAGCAAAAAUCGCGACAAUAGAGCCAUUAAUAAUUGGUUGUAAUAUAGAAAUAAUUCUAAGUUACAAUUAA